AUGAUUGGUACCAUGUGGAAGGCGAUCGUUUUACUGGUCAUGUUCAUGUUCAGCCCUGGUGGUGAUGGGCUCUUUCACUCCUUAUAUAAAAAUGUUCGGGUUUCUGUACCUCAUGAGGGAAAUGUAGGAAAGCUGUUAUUUCUUACUCCCUACACUGAAGCUGGGAAACUUGAAGAAGGCCGAGAGCUUGUUUUUUCUUUUUGGUUCCCUUUCCCUGGAUCGAAUGUGAAGAGCUACGCUGGCUACAUCACUGUGAAUAAGACCUACAACAGCAACCUUUUCUUCUGGUUCUUUCCAGCUCAGGUACAACCGAUGGCUGCUCCGGUGGUUCUCUGGCUGCAGGGCGGGCCAAAAGGUUCAUCUAUGUUUGGACUUUUUGUGGAACAUGGACCUUACUUUGUUACAAGUAACAUGACUGUGUGUGCCCAAGAGUUUCCGUGGACCACCACAUUUUCCAUGCUUUACAUCAAUAAUCCAGUGGGCACAGGGUUCAGUUUUACUGACGACCCCCAGGGAUACGCAGUCAAUGAGGACGAGGACGAUGUGGCACGGAAUUUAUACAGUGCACUAAUUCACUUUUUCCUGUUGUUCCCUGAGUAUAAAAACAAUGACUUUUAUGCCACUGGGGAGUCUUACGCAGGGAAGUACGUGCUGGCCAUUGCGCACUAUAUCCACACACUCAACCGCAUGAUGACAAUGAAGAUCAACCUGAAAAGAGUUGCUAUUGGCGAUGCAUAUACUGAUCCUGAGUCAAUCAUAGGGGGCUAUGCAACAUUCCUGUACCAAAUUGGCUUGUUGGAUGAGAAGCAGAGAAAAUACUUCCAGAAGCAGUGUGAUGCCUGCGUGAAAUACAUCAGGGAGGAGAGGUGGUUUCAAGCCUUUGAAGUACUGGAUGAACUACUAGAUGGUGACUUAACAAACAGCCCUUCUUAUUUCCAGAAUGUCACAGGAUGUCCUAGUUACUAUAAUCUGUUACAGUGCAAGGAACCUGAGGACCAAAAUUACUAUGGGAAAUUUUUGUCCCUCCCACAUGUGAGACAAGCCAUCCACAUGGGAAACCGGACUUUUAGUGAUGGAUCCAAAGUCGAAAAGUACAUGCGAGAAGAUACAGUAAAGUCCGUUAAGCUAUGGUUAGCUGAAAUCAUGAAUAAUUAUAAGGUUCUGAUCUACAAUGGCCAACUGGACAUUAUUGUGGCAGUCUCCCUGACAGAGCGCUCUCUGAUGGCCAUGAGGUGGAAAGGAUCCCAGAAAUACAAGCAGGCAGAAAGAAAAGUUUGGAAGAGCUUUAAAUCUGACAACGAAGUGGCUGGCUAUGUGCGCCAAGUGGGUGACUUCUAUCAGGUAAUUGUUCGAGGUGGAGGACACAUUUUACCCUAUGACCAGCCUCUGAGAUCUUUUGACAUGAUCAAUCGAUUUGUUUUUGAGAGAGGAUGGGAACCUUAUUGAUGGCUUUCCUAUCAAAAGCUGCUC